AGCUGCUGUCUUCGUCACCAGAGCUGUGUGUGUGUGUGUGUGUGUGCGCGUAUUUGUUUUAUACAUCUGUUUAGUGUUUGUGUGACAAAUCUACUGUAGUUCCACACUUUCAUGACAUGUGAGCCACAAACCCCACCUCCUACCCCAUGACUCGUUCUGACAUCACAGGCUGUGACCUCAUGAUGACUAAAAGGCAGCAGAGAAGACCUCAAGUCCAAACAUAUCAGCACGGAACCUCCUAUACGCACACCUACACACUCUCACACUCACUUUCUCUUUCACCCAGACAAUCUCUCUCUCCCACACACUGCAUGGCAUUUGGACUUUAGACUAGCUGUUAUAGUUAGAGGAACACUGAGGACGGAGGAGACCGAAGCUGAAGCCAAGAUCAGUUCCAGCCUGACAGACAGACUGAGCAGCCGGCGUGUGAUUGGUGAAGAUGUCUGACAAUGGGGACGUCGAGGACAAGCCCCCAGCCCCGCCCAUGAGGAACACCAGCACUCUGAUUGGCUCCUGCAGCAAAGAUCCUGCCCCCCAUGGCUCAAAGCCCCUUCCCCCCAACCCAGAGGACAGGAAGAAGAAAGAUCGCUCCAUCAUGUCCAUCCUGACAGGAGGAGGAGACAAGACCAACAAGAAGAAGGAGCGUCCGGAGAUCUCUCUGCCUUCUGAUUUUGAACACACCAUCCAUGUGGGCUUCGAUGCAGUCACUGGAGAGUUCACAGGCAUGCCGGAGCAAUGGGCUCGGUUGCUCCAGACCUCUAACAUCACUAAGCUGGAACAGAAGAAGAAUCCUCAGGCUGUCCUUGACGUUCUCAAAUUCUACGACUCCAAGGAGACCAACAACAGCCAGAAAUACAUGAGCUUUACAGACAAGAGUUCAGAGAACUAUAGCUGUUCCAACACUUCUAGCUCCAAGGCUGUGUCAGAGACGCCCGCCAUAGCAACCGUAUCUGAAGACGAGGAUGAAGAUGAGGCCACACCCCCUCCUGUUGUCGCUCCCCGACCAGAACACACUAAAUCAAUAUACACUCGUUCUGUGAUAGAUCCCCUCCCAGCCCCUCCCACCAGAGACGUUGCCACGUCGCCUAUCUCCCCCCCACCUCCGGAGGGUGCCACCUCCGCAAUCACGCCCCCCACUAGCCCCUCCCCUGGUCCAUCACUGCCACGGCCCGCGGACAAAACACGCAAGAAGAUGUCUGAUGAAGAGAUACUGGAGAAACUACGGAGUAUAGUCAGUGUGGGAGACCCCAAGAAGAAAUACACGCGUUUCGAGAAGAUUGGACAAGGUGCGUCAGGUACGGUAUAUACAGCCAUAGACAUCGCUACAGGCCAGGAGGUGGCCAUUAAACAGAUGAACCUGCAGCAGCAGCCCAAGAAAGAGCUCAUCAUCAAUGAGAUCCUGGUCAUGAGGGAAAACAAGAACCCCAACAUAGUUAACUACCUGGACAGUUACCUGGUGGGGGAGGAGCUGUGGGUGGUGAUGGAGUAUCUGGCUGGAGGUUCUCUGACUGAUGUCGUCACGGAAACCUGUAUGGACGAGGCUCAGAUCGCUGCUGUGUGUCGGGAGUGUCUGCAGGCCUUGGAAUUCCUCCAUUCCAACCAGGUGAUUCAUCGUGACAUCAAGAGUGACAACAUCCUUCUGGGAAUGGACGGAUCAGUGAAACUCACUGACUUUGGGUUCUGUGCCCAGAUCACUCCAGAGCAGAGUAAGAGGAGCACCAUGGUGGGGACUCCCUAUUGGAUGGCUCCAGAGGUGGUGACCAGAAAGGCCUACGGUCCUAAAGUUGACAUCUGGUCUCUAGGCAUCAUGGCUAUAGAGAUGGUGGAGGGAGAACCCCCUUACCUCAACGAGAACCCACUCAGGGCGUUGUAUCUGAUUGCGACCAACGGGACUCCAGAACUUCAGAACCCAGAAAAACUCUCCUCCGUCUUCAGAGACUUCCUCAACUGCUGCCUGGAGAUGGAUGUGGAGAAGAGAGGGAGCGCUAAUGACCUACUACAGCACCAGUUCCUGAAGGUGGCCAAGCCUUUAUCCAGUCUGACUCCUCUCAUCCAGGCAGCCAAAGAAGCAGCUAAGGCUAACCGCUAACCUGCUAGCUGCUAACCCCACAGAUCACCCCUUCAUUCUCUCUCUCUCUCUCUCUCUCUCUCUCUCUCUCUCUCUCUCUCUCUCUCUCUCUCUCUCUCUCUCUCUCUCUCUAUCUCUCUCUCUCUGUCGCUCUCCCCCACUGGGGCAAACAAGACCCAGACAGGGGGGUGUUUCAGGGGGUCCCAUCCCCCUCAACCCCUUGACCGAUCACGGUGACUGUGGGAAGGACACUCUUACUGAUGUCAUCGCUGGUACAAAUAUACUGAUCGGAUUUGAGGAGAGAUUCAGGCCCAAAGACUCAUGGGAGUUGUAGUUUCAGCAGGACAGUGGCUGUGGACUGGAUCUUAUCUGACCUUUGAACUGUUUGUUUGUUGAUGUCUGACUGUUAUUUUCAUGUGUUGAAAAAGUGCAUUUUAGUUUGAUCUUUUCUUAUGUGUUUUGUUUUGUGGAGAAGGGUUUGGUUGAAAGUGUAAUGAAGAGACACAAAGUGGUACUGUUGAUAUCAUCUCAGUCCCAAACUGCACCCUAUUCCCUACAUAGUGCACUACUUUUGUCAAAAAUAGGGUGCCAUUUGGGACAGUCUUUCAAGUCAGAAUUCCAACGUUUGAUCAAUCUCCUUAUCUCUCCCUCUCUUUCUCUGUCUGGCUGAGUGAGAUGACAUGCAUGACAAACCUUUUUAAUGGAAUGUCUAAAAUCAUAAUACAAUGAUGAUAGUGAUGGUACAUGAAGGAUGCCUGUGUACGAUACAGUAUAGAAGAACAUAUCUAAAUCCUAUUUUCCAGUACAAUCAGUAUGGUACAAUGUUGGACUGAUCCUAGUCCCAACCCUCUGAAAACUGCUCUAAAAGAACCCCAGCCUAAAACAACCAGAAUAAUAUUGUCUGCAUUCUUUGUUUAGCAACGUGCUUUCUUUAUGCAGAUGGCGCUGAAGAAUACCACGGUACCAUUAAGAAGUAUACUUUCUACCAGGUUUGGCUUUGUUCUGUUUUUAAAAUCUCGUGUUGAAACUGCCUUUGGCCUUAAACUGUCUCACAGGUGGAAGAGUUCCAGCAGACCGUUGGACAAGCUCUAGUCUCUCUCACCAGACUCAGUGCUCUGCACGCUCCUGCGGCUGCGAGAAGAGACUACACAACCUUCAAAUCUUGUCAGUUCCCCAGACUACUGUAGCCCACCUGAGGUUAGACAGGUUCAGAACUGGGAUAGACUGGAUUGAACAUGCCCAAACUGGUUUAGACUGGUUUGGGACUGGUUCAGAGAAGGGUGGUGAUAGUUAUUGAAGUCUUCUCUUCCUGUGUAUUGGAGCCAUAAUUAUGUUUAUCAAAUGAUUGGAUUAUUUUGACUGAGACAAAUAAAGUGAAGAAAACGCUGUAUGGUG